AUGAAGUUGAAGAUGUCGGGCCCAAAGAGCGUCAUCACUAUCUGCGACAAUCUUGAUCGGUUACUCAGAACCGAGGAGCAGAGCACGACCUUUGGCACCAAGGCCUUGGCAGCCGAGGAGCUAUCUGAGAUGAGGACCAAGGUCGACGAGGAUGACUUCAUCCUCUCUAAGUGCUCAAAGUCGACGUCCUUAAAGACCGACGGAGACAUCAUCAAGAUCCAGCCGCAGUGGAUGGCUCCGGAGGUGCUGCGGAGUGAACCUUCAACUGAAAAGUCUGAUGUAUUCAGCUAUGGGGUGGUCCUAUGGGAGCUUGUUACUCAGAAGAUUCCCUGGGAUACUCGCAAUACAAUGCAGGUUGUCGGAGCCGUGGGUUUCAUGGAUGACAGACUUGAAAUUCCAACGGACACGGAUCCUCAGUGGGCAUCGAUGAUCCAGAGUUGUUGGGACAGUGACCCGCAACACCGCCCUUCGUUCCAAGAACUCCUUGAGAGGCUCCAGGUGCUGCAAAAGCAGUACACUGUUGAAGCGCAAACGGAGCGAAAAAGGGCUGGGAAAGGUGCUGGAAAGAUGAGCGCCAAAGAUGAGAGCUAG